UUGGUCAGAGCCUCUCAUGACCAAAGCCCACGCCACAAGUCUUCAGGCAACAAUCUCUCUCCCCGGGGAUCACAAGGACGCCUCCUAAACUCAGCUCAUUCCUCAUCCUGCCUCACUGAGUGUAUGGACUGAGGCCAGACACUAAGAGACGGGGCAAAACAGAAGGAUGCACACUGAGGAGGCAGAGUGAGAGUGUACUUGUAGACAUUAUGCCUUUUCAUCUGAAGUGGAAGAGCUGUGAGAAGCUGUAGAGAAACUCAAAGCACUGAAGAUCUCUGGUGACACAGUAUGACCUGCUUCUUUCCCACACAUGGUGACAGAGGCUGAGAUCAGCCACACAGUGUGUGUGUGUGUGUGUGUGUGUGCAUAUCAAAUUCAGUUAAGAAGCUUUUAGGGAGUGUCUGGCCUUCUCUUUAGUCUAGAGGGGGCUUGUAGUGAGUGUCCUUUGUGUUCCCGGAUGCAGAACAUACUCGAUCAAAACUUAGACAUGGCCACAGCUCUACUCGCCGGCGAGAAGCUGAAGGAGCUGAUCCUGCCAGGCUCCUCUCAGGAUGAGAAAGGUGGGGCACUGGCUGGCCUCAUGGUGCAGAUCAAACUGGAGCUGCCCUUUGAUCGUGUUGUAACUAUUGGGACGGUCAUCAUCCCCAUCCUGCUGGUGACUCUCGUCUUCACCAGGAACUUUGCAGAGGAAUCCAUAUACUGUUACACACCUCACAACUUCACCAGAGACCAGGCACUGUAUGCAAGAGGCUACUGCUGGACAGAGCUGCGUGAUGCUGCACCUGGCGUGGAGUCUCACCUCUGGCCUUCACUCUUUGAACACAAGUUCCUGCCCUACGCUCUGCUGGCCUUUGCCGGGAUCAUGUAUAUUCCUGCUUUGAGCUGGGAGUUCCUCGCCUCUACACGGCUCACGUCAGAGCUGAACUUCCUGCUUCAGGAGAUCGACAACUGCUAUCAUCGAGCUGCUGAGGGCCGAGCCCCAAAGAUCGAGAAGCAGAUCCAAUCCAAAGGACCUGGCAUAACUGAGCGGGAGAGGAGGGAGAUCAUAGAAAAUGCAGAGAAGGAGAAAAGUCCAGAGCAGAAUCUGUUUGAAAAAUAUUUAGAGAGACGAGGACAAAGUAACUUUCUGGCUAAGCUGUAUUUGGCACGCCACUUGGCUAUUAUCUGCCUCAGUUCCAUCCCCAUUUCCUACCUGAGUGCCUACUAUGCCCGCCAAAGGCAGAAUGAGUUCACCUGUGCCCUUGGUGAGCCACCAGACAUUAGCAGCUAUACAGAGCUUAAGCUCAGGGUCAACUGUAAGCUGCCUGCUGUGCAGCUGCAGCGCAUCAUGGCAGCGGUGGACAUAGCUCUGCUCUGCACUAUGAACCUCAUCAUCCUGGUCAAUUUGCUGCAUCUGUUUGUCGUGCGCAAGUCCAACUUUGUAUUUGACAAACUGCAUAAAGUCGGUAUCAAAACACGGCGGCGCUGGCAAAAGUCUCAGUUCUGCGAUAUUAACAUCCUCGCUAUGUUUUGCAAUGAGAACAGGGACCACAUAAAGUCACUCAACAGGCUGGACUUCAUCACUAAUGAGAGUGACCUCAUGUAUGACAAUGUGGUCAGGCAGCUCUUGGCUGCCCUUGCACAGUCCAACCAUGACGCGACACCUACUGUGAGGGACUGUGGGAUACAGACACUUGAUCCCAAUAUGGAUCCUUCUGAUCUGGCAGUGGGUGAGAUAGCCAUGGAGCCACUGGUCAUCAAACGACCCCGCAAGAAGAUGAAAUGGAUCCCUUCCUCAAAUCCUCUUCCUCAGCCUUUCAAGGAACCCCAUACCCUGACACGUCUGGAAAAUAACACCAAACCUGAAAAACCCAAACAAAUCAGACGAAAGACGGUGGCGGACAGCUUCAUGGCACCACUUCUGGACAACAAGAGCACACAACAACCACCAAUAAAAGAGUUGAAUGUGGUGGAGAAAAAGCACACACGCAACUUCUCGCUGGAUGUCCAGCCGUACAUGCUGACCAUUCGUAAGCCUAAGGUGGAGGUCACAAACUCAGAACCUUUGCCCUCACAGCACAACGUGGAUACUGUGUACAUUGAAGGCGCACAUACAAUUGUUCAUGUGUCUGGUUCAAUAACAGAAACUAAGGUGUGUUCUCCAGAAUCGACCAUCACCACCAACUUUUCUGCAGUAACCCUGCCCACCACUACAUAUGUAAAUGGCAUAAGCCCCAACCCUCCAUCCAGUGAGGAUGCACUCAGUCCCAAAACCUCCCCUCCUCCACUGGAGCAUCUCGCCCCAGCAGAGAACCCUGAGACUCAGCCACCACCACUGACCAAAGCUCCCACACACCAGCUGCUGAGUAUACAUCAUACUCUCUUUGAGGAAGACGAGGGUGAGGAGAACCGUAGAGACAGACUGGCGCAGAGAGCGGGGGAGCUCAUCGCUGCUGGGGAAUGUUAAAGACGAGGAGGAACUCAGACUGAGAUUCCUCAUCUUGACGCUAAACUCCCCACACACCGUGUCAGUACACUAUUUAUAUCCAGAGCCACCUCCAAUCUUUGAAUUAACUCACACUUCUAUGACGGGUGGAUUAAGCUGACUGACGAGCUGAAAUGUGAUAGUGAGUGACACUUGUAGUCUUUGAAAAAAAUGGAAAAAGAAGAACUUUUAAAUGGUGAAAUCAUUCACAAACAAUAAACAAGACAUCGUUGUGUGUA